GCCAUCUGUAGGUGCCUGCGCUGCCGGCUCCGCUCCUGCUCGCUCGCGGAAAGGGAAACAAAACACCACCGCCUUUGCAAAAGAAAAAAAAUCCCUGAUUCCGCCGCACUCCGAUCCUCCUCCCAAACCCUAGCAGUUCCCAAUCCCCUACCCCCGGCACUGCUCCGAUUCCCCCCGUCUCCGGAUGCCCCCGCCCCGCGGGGCCUAGGGGCGGCAGCGGUCUUCCGGCGGGUGGGCACGCGCUGAUGGAGCCGCGCGUGGCCAACAAGUUCCGCCUCGGGCGCAAGCUCGGGAGCGGCUCCUUCGGGGAGAUCUUCCUCGGUACUCACGUGCAGACGAACGAGGAGGUCGCGAUUAAGCUGGAAAGUGUGAAGACAAAACAUCCUCAGUUGCUGUACGAGUCAAAGCUGUAUAGGAUACUGCAGGGCGGAACUGGAAUUCCAAACGUCAAGUGGUUUGGUGUUGAGGGUGACUACAAUGUUCUUGUUAUGGACCUCUUGGGGCCAAGCCUUGAAGACCUUUUCAGCUUUUGCAACCGGAAAUUGUCCUUGAAGACUGUUUUGAUGCUUGCCGAUCAAAUGAUCAACCGGGUUGAGUAUGUUCAUAUGAAGUCCUUCUUGCACCGAGAUAUUAAGCCAGACAAUUUUCUCAUGGGCCUUGGAAAGAGAACAAAUCAGGUAUACAUAAUUGAUUUUGGACUGGCGAAGAAAUACAGGGACAGUGCAACCCACCAGCACAUUCCAUACAGAGAGCACAAAAAUUUGACUGGGACGGCACGUUAUGCAAGUGUAAACACGCAUCUUGGAAUUGAACAAAGCAGGAGGGAUGACUUGGAAUCUCUUGGAUAUGUACUCAUGUACUUCUUAAAAGGAAGUCUUCCAUGGCAGGGUCUAAAAGCUGGGACCAAGAAACAGAAGUACGACAAAAUUAGUGAAAAGAAGAUUGCCACUUCAGUUGAUGCUCUCUGUCGUGGAUACCCUACUGAAUUUGCAUCCUACUUCCAUUACUGCCGCUCGUUACGUUUUGACGAUACGCCUGACUAUCAAUUCCUGAAGAGAUUGUUCAGAGACCUUUUUAUUCGAGAGGGGUUUCAGUUUGAUUAUGUUUUCGACUGGACCAUUAUUAAGUACCAGCAGUCACAAAUGGCCGUCCCACCUCGUGCUAUGGCUGCAGCAGCAGGUCAAAGCUCUGGGAUGGCUCCUAUGGCAAAUACUAACAGACUGUCAGGCACUGAAGAGGGAAGGAGAAGUGGGUGGUCCGAUGAUCCUUUGAGACGUCAGGUUCCACCUGCAGGAAUAAAUGCAGUCAGCUUCUCAAAACAGAAAUCUCCAGUUAGACAAGAACAGUCCUCGUCAAAAGAUGCUGUGUUCCCCAGUUCGACUUUUUUGGGUCGGUCAAGCGGAUCCUUGAGGCGUCCUGCUGUUUCUAGUAGCCGAGUUCCGACCAGUGACGCUGAAAUACACAAUCGUACACCAGAUGCAAGCCCAGGGACUUUCCAAAGAAAUGCCCCCCCACGUAGGACCUCGCAGAUGCUGGAGUACACGGACCCCAGGCUUAGGCAUUCAUCCUCUGGCAGGCUCAUGUCCAACACCAAGAACUAUGAGUCCACUUUAAGGGGCAUCCAAGGUCUAAAUUUUGAUGCCAAUGAUAGGAUCCACUACUAGUAUCUUCUAGAUCCGGUGGACAUGUAUCUAUAUGAUCGCUUGAAGACCAGAUGAAGUGCAAGGAUGUACUUUCAGAGCUACCCUCAGUCUCAUCCCCUGUGAUCAAAAAGCUACAUGCUGGAGCUGCAAGGCAGCCUGCUGAUCCAAAGCACUGCAGGAUGGUUGGCAAAAUAAAGGGCUACCUAUGCUCUUGAGCAGCUUUUGCCUUAAAAGGCAUCAUGACGGUGUUUUAGGUCUGUACAGGUUCCAAUGUGUUCUUAUUGUGCUUUAAGAUUCUGGUUUCACAUAAUAUCCCGUCUCGAGCUGUCAACUGGCUCGUGCUCUGGCUGCUGGUUUCUGAAUGCAAUGCCUGUUUGUGAAGGUUUGCAAAUUGUAAGUAACCAAAGUGGUUAGUAUUUGGGGGGCGCUUGUGCGUGUAGGUUGUGGACUUCUGGUAUCUCAAAAAACGUGGAAGAAGAGGAUGCAAUCUCAAGUGAAAGUGUUAAACCCUUCA